CGAUCUCCACCAGCCCUCACAGCUCGGUUCAAGCAAUGUAUUAUCGCAUACGGAGAACUAACACCAGAGCACGCGAAAGCGGCGCGCUGCCUAUGGUGGGCCUUCUGCAGCAUUGCAACAGCAUCACUCUGGCUGACACGCAACAGAAAAGUUCAUCGGCAGGAACUGGUCACGGUGCAACAAGGAAAGACAGAAAUCUGGAAGACCGCGUUACGUUAA